AUUGCGAUUUUCGCAGUUUCUGACGAGUGACGUUCGUGUUUAGUUUGUUUUCCGUCGACUUGUUAUCUUCUUGUGUUUGAGUGACGUAUAAAUUCAUUUAUGGAUGUACUAAAGAUCUGUCCAUCACAGCGAUGGGUAUGCACGAACCGGAACACCCUGUGUCUGGGAGUACUGACCAUAGUGCUGCUGCUGAGCACCAUAGUGCUCUCGGUGAAACUGCACCACGACGAUAAUGCCGUGCAUGCUCCACUUGUGAACCAUAAAGAGAAGACGAUGGAAAAUUUCAGGCUACCAAAAGAAGUGAAGCCAGUCAAUUACAAAUUGAAACUUAUUCCAAGUCUAGAAAAUAAAACGUUUAAUGGGUUUAUUCGAAUAACAAUAGAAGUCAACACAUCGGCUGAAGUUAUACAGCUGCAUUCAAAAGAUUUGAACAUAAAUUCAGUAAUGUUAGAAAACGAUACAAUGAAGAGCAUUGCAAUCAAAUCGAAUAAAAUUAAAAAAGAUCUUGAAUUACUCGAAGUUCAUUUAGUUUCUGCAAUUGCUGCUGGAGAUUAUUAUUUGAAUAUUGAUUUUAAUGGUAAUAUGGAUAAAAAAAUUAUUGGAUUGUAUGCAAGUUCUCUUAAAAAUGGCAGGACAAUGGUAGCCAGUAAAUUUCAACCAACAUACGCUCGGCAAGCAUUCCCUUGCUUUGAUGAGCCAGAGUUCAAAGCAACUUAUGAUAUUACAUUGGUGAAGCCUCAAGAUUAUAUUGCUUUGUCUAACAUGAAUGAAAUAUCCAAAGAGUUUGAUAAAGACACCAAUUCUGAUAUAGUGACAUUUGCCACCAGUGUACCAAUGUCUACAUAUUUAGCAUGUUUUGUGAUUUGCAACUUUGAUUAUAAAGAAACGGAAAUCGAUACACACGGCAUUGGCAAAAACUUCACCUUAAGAUCUUUUGCACAGAAAAAUGAAACUCACAAAAUAGAUUUUGCUCAAGACAUUGGGAAACGAGCCACUGAAUUCUACAUUCAGUACUAUAAUGUUCCAUUCCCUCUGCCAAAACUAGACAUGAUUGCCAUACCCGAUUAUGUGUCUGGCGCAACAGAACACUGGGGUCUCAUCACAUACAGAGAAACAUCAUUCCUUGUUGAUGAGACAACAGCAUCCUCAACGAAUAAGAUAAAUGUUGCCAACACUAUUGCUCACGAGUUAGCUCAUAUGUGGUUUGGAAACCUGGUGACAAUGAAAUGGUGGGAUGAGGUGUGGCUGAACGAAGGUUUCGCUUCAUACAUGCAGGUCAAGGCCUUGAAUGCUCUAGAACCUUCUUGGACUAUGCUCGACCAAUUCUUGACGAAGACACUGCACAGUGUUCUCGUAACAGACGCCAAAGUGUCCAGCCAUCCUAUAGUCCAGACGGUGGACACUCCUGAUCAAAUAACAGCUAUAUUUGACGCUAUAUCUUAUAACAAGGGUUCAUCGGUGUUACGUAUGUUGGAAGGCUUCAUAGGCGAAGAUAACUUCCGUAAAGGCGUGUCGGACUAUCUCAAGAAGUUCGAGUUUGGGAACACCGUGACGCAAGACCUGCUCACUUGCCUCGACAAAUACUUUCGAAGUGACAACUCAAAACUUAAUUUGACCUACAUAAUGGAUACUUGGACAAGACAAAUGGGUUAUCCAGUGUUGAAUGUUACUAAAAAUGAGGAUAACAAGUAUGAGGUUACCCAGAAUCAUUUCCUACUUGAUCCAGAUGCGGUUAUGAAGGAAAAGUCUCCAUUUAAGUAUCGUUGGUUUGUCCCGAUCACAUACAAGACUAGCAAGGGUGUCCAUGAUAAUAUUCUUUGGUUCCCCAACACUGAGGAUUCUGUUGAAAUAACGUUGGACAAGGACGAGGAAUGGAUAAAACUGAACAACAAUCAAGUGGGAUACUAUCGAGUGAACUACCCACUAGAAAUGUGGGAGAAGCUUAUAGAACAACUGAAGAGUGGCUCGUCACAGCUAACUAUAUCAGACCGCGCGCAUCUCCUAAACGACGCGUUUGCGCUAGCGGAGGCCUCUGCCCUGCCCUACUCGGUGCCCCUCCACCUGACUACGUACCUGACUGCAGAGGCGGAUUACGUGCCGUGGGACACCGCCGCUACCGCGCUCAAUAAGCUCGCUAACAAUGUCAGAAAUACGAGUGCCAGUGAGCUACUUGAGCGUUUCAUCCAACACAUAAUAAAGCCGCAGUACGACAAACAGAGUUGGGAGGCGAGCAAGAUCGGUGUCAUUGAAGGUUUAUCUCGGGCCAAGAUCCUCUCGCUAGCGACGAAAUACCACCUGCCGGCGGCGGAGGGGGCGGUGCGGGCGAUGUUCCGCCGCUGGCUCGACGCGCGGGGCUCCACUCAGCCCCUGCCCGUAGAGACGGACCUGAGAGACUUCGUGUAUUACUAUGGUAUGAGUAACGCGUCUCAAGAGGAAUGGGACAAGCUAUGGAACAUCUACUUGACGGAAAAUGACGUGCAGGAGCUGAGCAAACUGCGCGCGGCUCUCGCGGCGCCCCGGAACAUAGACAUACUUAAGAGAUACCUAACCCUAGCGUGGGGCGAGGAGAACAUCCGCAGCCAGGACUACCUCACAGUGCUCAGCCAGAUCAGCGCUAAUCCCGCGGGUACCGUACUAGUCUGGGACGACGUGCGCGCGCGCUGGCCGCAGUUGGUCGAGCGGUUUACUCUGAACAGCAGAUACCUGGGGUCGCUGAUACCGAGUAUUACCAGCGGGUUCAAUACCCCGGAGCAGUUGAAGGAGAUGGAGGAGUUCUUCGCUGCGUACCCGGACGCGGGUGCGGGGGAGAGCGGGCGGCGGCGCGCGCUCGAGACUGUGCGGAACAACAUCAGGUGGGCGGCCGCGCACACCGGUGACGUCACAGAUUGGCUGAACACUUACCUCGACGGGUUGAAAGACUAGCACUAACUACGCUACUUGUACUACUACAGAACGUAAUUACUGCGCUACUUCGACUAAGCCUAGUAAAGAAUGGCUUAUAAUUAACUGAUCACCAGAAAUUGUAACAUUUCACUGAC